AUGACAUUAGCUUCCAAAAGACGUGAAUUAAGAGCUUCCUUAAGGGAAAAGAUAAGAGAAACUGACAAUGCUGACGAGGACGCCAUCAAUCAGCAAAUUGAUGAUGAGCUCAAUAAGCAUUUACAACAAGAUGCAAAUACUCAAGCCGCAACUACCAAUCAUGGCGACGAUGCUACCAAAAUCAAAUUAGAAUACGACGAAGAACACCAACAUCACGAAGGAGGCGAUGAUGUAGACGAUGAGGACGACAGUGGUAAAGACGACGAUUUUGCCCCCGUCCCUGGCGAAGAAGAAGAAGAAGACGACGACGACGACGACGACGAGGAAUAUGACGAUGCAGGUCACAAUGAGUACAACUCAUCAGGCAAACGUGGAAGAGCCAACAGCGGUUCUAAUAAGAAAGUCAAAACUGAGUCAGAGUUGGAUUCUAACUCAGGAGAUGUGCGUCCUCAAACGAGAACAAUUUUCAAGGAUAUUGAUGAUCCAAAUUCCUUAAAUUGUGAAAUUUGCGACCAAAAAUUUAAAAACGUCAUUGAUAAAAGAAAUCACAGAAGAACCCAUAGCCAACCUAAAAAAUUCGAAUGCAGCACUUGUGGUAAACGGUUCAGUCAAAAAACUAAUUUAACUAUUCAUGAAACACACGUUCAUCAUGAUUUAGUUGUUGAUGAAGCUUUGAAAGACGCUGCUGCUGCUGCCGCCGCCGCCGCUACUGCCGCUGCUCAAGCAGAGAAUGCGUCAACUUCUGGCAACAAUUUGGGUCUACCAGACGAUGCUGACCAUAGGCAUUUGUUGCAUCAGCAGCAGCAGCAGCAGCAGCAGCACGAACUAGCCCAACAACAUGCUCGUCAACAGCAAAAGCAGUUGCAGCAACAUUUGGCCCAACAUCAACAACAACAGUUUGACUCUCAUGUAGUGGAUGAUAAUGUCAACGUCUUUGCCGAUGCAGACAAUUCGAAACAGCCUCUUGAUUUAAAGGAGGUUCGUGUUCAUCACUGCAACGCAUUCAAAUGCGGUAAAGGUUUCAUUUCGUACGAGAAGUUAAUGGACCAUAUCAACACAGAGCAUCAUGGAAGAGUAUCACCACAUCAUCAAGAAGAACACCAUGACGCUCACACACCAGUAUUUGAUCCUAAUGACCCCAAUGGAGCAGCACAAGCUGCCGUGUUAGCUGCCGCAACCGCCAACGCUCAUGCGCAUGCGCAUGUACAUCCGCAUCAUCAGCCAUCCACAGCUAGUACCUCAACUGCAGCAACAACGACUGCACAGCCGCGCCCAAGAAGGAAACGCGAUCCCGCUACACAACAAAUCAAGACACAUCAGUGUACAUACGAAGGGUGUCACAAGGCAUUUGCUAAAGUGUCUGAUUUGACCAGACAUAUUCGAAUCCAUACAGGUGAACGUCCGUAUGUUUGUGAACACUGUGGUGCCUCUUUCAACCAGAGGUAUAGAUUGACAACUCAUGUUAGAAUCCAUACUGGAGAAAAACCAUUUAGUUGUAAAUAUUGUGGAAAGACUUUUGCUAGAGGUGAUGCUGUGCAGUCGCACAUCUUUUCCAUUCACAGAGCAAAGGGUGAAGCUUUCUAA